AUGGCUGCAAAUACCAAAUAUCAGCCAGCACCUCAGCGUGACUCGUUUGAAGAAUCAUCGUACACACAAGCGCCACCCUCAUACCAGGCCGAGCAGAGCCAGAAUGAGAAUCUGCUCGGCGGUCCAAGAGGCGAAGACGACAACGUGCCUGACGACUUCAAAUUCGGUGGCUCCGUGUCAGAAGCCACUCUACCUAUUCGGAUGCAGUUCGUGAGAAAGGUUUAUGCUAUCUUAACCGUUCAAAUCCUGGCUACGGUAGCCGUCAGCUCGGUCUCCUAUGUCUCUGCGGGUUACAAGUCAUGGAUACAGUCAAAUGCAUGGAUGAUGUGGAUAUCCCUCUUCGGCGCCAUCGGCUUCAUGAUCCUUACGUUUUGGAAACGGAAAUCCUACCCUACGAAUCUACUUUUCCUCGGCGGCUUUACUGCACUCGAAGCAUACUCGAUCUCUGUUAUAGUAUCCUUCUACGAAACAAAGGUUGUCUUGCUUGCGCUGGUCCUUACAGCUGGCAUCUUUGUGGCCUUAACGGCGUUUGCUUGCCAGACAAAGUACGACUUUACCAAUUGGAUGCCUUACCUUUUCGGCGGCUUAUGGAUCCUGAUCCUCUUCGGUUUCGUGGCAGCAUUCUUUCCAUACAACAGCACAGCUGAGCUCAUCUAUGGCGGCGCUGCGGCCCUGAUAUUCAGUGGAUACAUCCUAGUAGACACUCAGCUUGUAAUGAGACACUAUCAUGUCGAGGAAGAGAUUGCUGCCGCCAUUUCGUUGUACCUCGAUAUCAUCAACCUCUUCCUUGCUAUCUUAAGGAUUCUCAACAGCCAACAGAACAACUGA